AUCUUUUCUUCGUUUGUUUAACUGGUUUUUGGCUGCUGUCGAGAUAUAGGGAAGUGUUCAUUUCUAUGAAAAAUCAUUUGUCCAAGUUUACAGAUUUAUUGUGCAUAUAUAUAUGGUUUUAUGAGCUUUUGAUUAUGGUAGCGGGCUGUUUGUGUUUGGUUGCUGAGAAAUCGAGGAGAAGGGAAAGAAAAUAUUUCAUCGCUUUCUGUCUUGAAUAAGAUAAAUGAAGGCAAACCUGGAUUACUCCACUGCACAGUCUAGUGGUACUAUUGCCCCACCUACGAGGCCUAAUGUAGUGCCUUCAGCAGUAAAACCCAUACUACCAAAUCUCUCUGGGAAUGCUAUUGCUGGAAAUAAUAUUGCCAGUGCUGCUGACGCUCUCUCACAACAACCAAUUCCACCAAUGAAUCAGAAAAAUGUUGAGAAGAAUCCGUUGCUAGUUAAAUCCACUAAUCGUAGUUGGUAUGCACCUUCUGGAGUCGGCAAUAAUCUUGUAAUACGCUUCUCAGAUGAUGACAGUGGAAGUGACUUGGAAGAAUGCAGUCGACAAAAACCUGUUGAAAAUAAAUCCAACUCAACUUGGGAUGGUUCACAGAGACCCCUAACUUUAUCUGCACAAAAGAUAAACAACUUAGGACAGACUUCUAGGAAUAUUACCAGAGUAAUUCCCAAGAAACCUUUAAGCCGUACAUUUACCUCAUCCAUGACCAAGACCAAUGGUGGGGCCAAUUCCAAGGUUCUUGUUUCUUCGGUUGAUCAAGGAUCACAAGUUAGAUAUUUUAAUUCCCGCAACAAAAAUGUGGCAUGCCAAGAUCUUAUGCCUGAGCAAGGUGUAGUUUCUAACAGUAGUAAACUACAGGACUUGAGGCAGCAGAUUGCACUUCGGGAAAGUGAAUUGAAGCUUAAGGCUCAACAUAAGGAAACAGCAACUAUGAACCUAGAAAAUAGUGGAGGAAGGAAGUGGAUUGCAACUUCAGUGUAUGCUGGUUCAAUAGAUCCAAAAGAACCACAGAAGAAACGCUUGAAAGCCGGCGAUUCUAAUUUUACCCAGUCAAAUUCAGGUGCCCAACCAGAGGUACGUUAUGUAAAAUCUAAUUCAGUGCCAAAAGACCAAAAAAUGGAGACAAACAAUUUUCAUUUCAAGGAUAAGGUUGAGCAAAGCAAGAAAGUAGCUCCAGUAAGCAAAGCCAUGCCAAGCGUUAAAUGGAAAAAGAAAGAUGACAAGCUGGUUGAUAUUUCAUCAGAUGAUACAUCUAAAGUGGUGAAGGAUGGUGUCGACUUGCUUAAGAAUUUGCAACAAUCCAAAAGGUCCAGUAGGGUGGUUGAUCCAAGUGUUUUAGCAAAUAAGACUGCAGCUUUAACAAACAUAAGUGCCACUGCUAUGCCAAAUAACUCGAAAUCUCAGGAUACUGCAAGGCUGUGGAACUGUUUGAGUAAUGUAAAUAUCUCUGGUCAUUCUAAUGUAGAUGUGAAUAUACAUUCUUUAAUUGAAAUUGAGGAAAAUCUGGACAAGGAGCUAGAGGAAGCACAAAACCACAGACGCUUGUGUGAAAUUGAAGAAAAAAAUGCGCUUAAAGCUUACCGGAAAGCUCAGAGAGCCUUGAUUGAAGCUAAUGCUAGGUGUACAGAUCUUUAUCGUCAGAGGGAACUUUGUUCAGCCCGCUACAGAUCUUUAAUUGUGGACAAUUCCUGUUUAUUAUGGUCUUCCAGGAAACAUGAACACACUGGAGCUGGAUUGGAUAUCUCAGAUGAUGUUCCUGAAAAUAUGAACUUUGUACCGACAUCUAAUAGACUACUGCCUGCCUAUGACAGUCUUCAUCAACCCGGGAACGAUGCAAACGUCCAAUGUAUAAAUAUAGCUCAUCACAAUAUGUCUCUACAGCAUAACAAUGGACAAAAUUUGGGUUCUGAGCCAUGCAGUGAGCAGGAUGCUAGUACAUCAGAGCCAUUUCCUCAUAAUAGCAACAAUGCUGCUAAUGGAUUAAGAUCUCCGUGCAGCCCUAUUAUUUCAGCAGAUGAAGGGACAUCUCUAAUGGACCGUGAUUCUAAUCAACCUGGUCUUGACUAUCAGCAAAAACAACAAAACUCUGAAGUAAUUGAAAAGAAUGCAAAUAAUGAGUCUAGCAAUCAGGAUUCUUUGCUUCUUGAAGCAUCAUUGAGGUCUGAACUAUUUGCAAGGCUGGGGGUGAGAACUUCAUCAAAGAACAUUGAUUCAUGUUACAAUGAGCCUUCUAUUGAACGAGGGGCUGAAAAUGAUGUUGAAAGUGAAAAGACCCAGAUGAGCAAUGGUAGUAUUACGCACUCAGAGGCAGAGAAAAAGCAUCAAUUUGAUGUUUCGGGCCCUGAAAAACCAAAUGAAGUUACACCAGAAGCUGUGGAGAAUGAGGACCAGCACCAGGAAAAAAAUAAUAUUCUAAAGUUUGACUCUUCAGCAAAUGUAGCGGAAAAUGGAUUUUCUGCUGGAUGUCACUUUUCAGUGUCAUCUUCAAUAUUUUCACCUUCCAUUUUGAGGAGUGCAAUUGGCCAUUUGAAGGCCUUGUCUCCUAUCUCCAGACAAAGGGAGGAUCAUGUCUACGGUGAAGAGGCUGCUUACGUCAACAUCGAUGAAAUUAAACAGUCUAGUCAGAUUACAAACUCUUUAGAGGAGGCCAUUCGUGAUUUAUCUGGGAAACGAAUGGGCUCAUAUAUGUGCGAUAUUGCAAUUGACCCAUCUUGGCCCCUAUGCAUGUAUGAGCUUCGAGGAAAAUGCAACAAUGAUGAAUGCCCCUUUCAACAUGUGAAGGAGUUGUCUAAGAGAGAUACAUAUCUGAAUACAAAUGAUGAUUCUGACAGUGCUGAUUCUCAGCUUGUUCUGGCAUCAUAUCAAGAGCAAAGUAAUGGUCCAACAACACUUGCCAGAUAUCAUGAUGUUUUCAUUUCACCAACUUAUAUUGUCAGCUUAGAUAUUCUGAAAGCUGAUCCACACGGAUCCGUUGUUCCUUGGGGAAAUGCACACUGCUGGUGGAAGUAUUUCAGUAUUUGCUUAUCUCUAUCAAGCAUUUUUCAGAAAGAUUUACCUACAGAUGAAUCUUUCUUGCAUGGUGAUGAUGGUCGUAUCGAAGUAUAUGGCAGCUGGAAUAGACAAUCCUCAUAUUUCCGAAGUAGAAAUGGAAUAGCGAAAAAACUCAACCAAUCUUUUGAUACGAUGAUUCAGUCCUUGGAGAUGGCUUUGCUUAUCCUCAACCAGGAGGUUAACAAAUUGGAGGGUAUGAAAAAGGCUCUUUCUUUGCUUUCACGGUCCCUCGAGGCUGAUCCAGCAUCAGAAAUUCUAUGGAUGGUUUACCUGCUUAUUUGCUAUAGCCGUAGGCUGUUUGUUGGAAAGGAUGACAUGUUCUCUUUUGCGGUCAGAAGCAAUGGAGGAUCAUAUGAACUUUGGCUUAUGUACAUCAACAGUCGAAAACAACUGGAUGAUCGAUUGGUUGCGUAUGAGGUUGCUAUUUCAGCACUUUGUCGUGGUGCUUCUUCCUGUGGAAAGAAUGUAAUGCAUAUGAGUGCAUGCAUCUUAGACCUGGUUUUGCAAAUGAUGGAUUGUUUGUGCAUGUCUGGGAAUGUUGCGAAAGCCAUCCAGACAGUAUAUAGACUCUUCCCUGCUACAGCAAAUUCUGAUGGGCCUCACUGUUCGAUGUUUUCUGAUAUCCUCACAUGCUUAACCAUUUCUGACAAAUGUGUAUUAUGGGUUUCUUGUAUUUACUUGGUUAUUUACAGGAAGCUGCCAGAUGCUGUGGUGCAGCGGUUAGAGCUUGAGAAAGAACUCCUUUCAGUCGAAUGGCCCUCUGUUCAUAUAGGCAACGAUGAAAAGAAAAGGGUUCUACAGUUGUUAGAAAUGGUAGUAAGUUGUGUUGACUCAUACAUCAAUAGCGGAUCAUUUGGGAGUGAAACUGAUGUUAAAUCAGCUCAAGUUUUUGCACUCAAUCACGUUAAGUGUUUGGUUGCACUCGGUAGUCCUGACUGCAGUCGAAGUAUGUUUGAAAAAUACAGAAAAGUGUAUCCAUCUUGCUUAGAACUUGUUCUGAUAUCUGCACGAGUGCCAAACUAUGAUUCCGAGAAUAUGAGUUUUAUCAGGUUUGAAGAAGCCCUUCAUAACUGGCCAAAAGAAUCCCCUGGAAUUCACUGCAUCUGGAAUCAGUAUGCUGAAUAUGCCCAACAGAAUGGAAAACCUGAUCUUGUGAAAAAUGUCAUGACACGCUGGUAUAACUCGGUUUGGAAAGUUCAGUACCCCGGAAGUGAAAAUUUGAAAGCCAUAGAUGGUGGGAACUCUCUUGUCUCUCCUAAAACGGAUUCAAUGUUGAAGUCCCACGUCGUGUUACCUAGCACAAAUCAUACGGAUAUAAUGUUUGGAUAUCUUAAUCUCUUCCUUUACAACUUUUUGCAAAAUGAUAAAGUUGAGGCUCACUCAGCUAUUGACCAGGCAUUGAGGGCCGCCACUACUCUCAUGAGUUUCAAUCAUUGUGUAAAGGAGCAUGCCUUGUUUUUGCUCAAUGAUGAGUCACAAAAGAGUGAUGUUCCUAUUAGUUGGCAAAUCACUACGUUGAAUAUGUAUUUGGAAAUUGCUCGGUAUUUCCAAGUCUGCGAGCCUCUAUCUAGACAUUUUAUCACUGUGAUUGAGAAGCCAAGAGUGCAGCAACUUGUUCGAAACAUUCUGAGUCCAGUCUCGUCUGAUUCUUCUCUUGUGAACUUGGUCCUUGAAGUCUGGUACGGCCCAUCACUUUUGCCCCAAAAUCUAACUCAGCCAAAGGGUCUAGUCGAUUUUGUGGAAGCCAUAUUGGCAUUGGCACCAUCCAACUACGAGUUAAUGUUUUCUGUGUGUAAAAUGUUAAGCCGAGGUGAUCACGGUAGGGACGUUUCUUCCAGUAUUUUGUUUUGGGCUAGCUCAACCUUGGUCGAUGCAUUCUUUCAUGCAGUCCCAAUUCCACCUGAGCUCGCAUGGGUCAAUGCUGCAGAUAUAAUGGACAAUAUUCCGGGCAUGGAGGCCAUACUUGCAAGGUUUUAUAGAAAGGCUGUAACAGCAUAUCCAUUCUCCCUCAAGUUGUGGAAGUGUUAUUACAAUCUAACCAGUAAGAUUGGAGACCGGAACAUUGUCGUGGAAGCAGCAAGAGAGCUAGGCAUCGAGCUCGAGUGAAGUCCCUUUUCCAGGAAUCGAGUGUAUAAUGUUAGGUUGGUAUAUGCAGAAUUUGCCACAGAAAAGACAUGCCGUUUUUACUGGAGAUGAUUUGGAUUUUGAGGAAGUUGGUACAUAUUGAGCCAGUUCAUCUGUAAUGAGAGAGAUUGGUGUGAAAGUAGGAACACGGUAAAAACAUACAAAUUAUAGGAACUGAAUUGAAAAUAGGAAUGAUAUCUGUUGAUGGAUACUGAAACUGAAUAGGUGAAGAUUUCUUGGAUAUAAAUACUACUUUUGUGCUCAUUUGCCUU